AUGGCAAACAACAUCCCCCAAAGCUUAAAAGCUGCCGAUAUUUCUCGCUUUGCCCACCGUGCAGCUCAGCUAGAAGCUGUCAAGCCAGUCGUUUCUUAUUGGUGCGAUUACUGGAUCGUCAAUCAGAUCCUCUCCAAGAAGCUGCACAAUGCCGACAGUGAGAGCUUAACCUAUACGACAACGCUCAUGGAUAAGCUCGAACAAACCAAACAAGCAAAUGCUGGAAAUGACGCAAUUACCGACGAUGUCGCUGGCCAGGCCUACGUUGAGCAAUUCGGUCUCGAGACCUUCCACCGAGCGGAUAAUGCGAUGAGAGCUGACAAAGCCACUCGACAAACGGCGGACACCUUCCAAGCCGCGGCGACUUUCCUUGACCUCCUCCAAAUUUGGGGUCCCGCCGACCCUGAAAUGGCGGCCAAAUCCAAAUUUGCCAAAUAUCAUGCGCUGCGCAUUGCCAAGGCUAUCAAGGCUGGCGAGGACCCUAACGCAACAAAUCCGGCGCAAGAACCGGCUCCAGAGGCCGAGGCACCAGAGCUUGACCCCAAUGAUCCAGAGGUGCAACUCAUCAAUGGACCCUCCUCCACCAAGCCGCGGCAACCGUCUGUGGUUGAAAUCCAAGACGAAAACGAACGCAUUGAGCCUAAGCUUGCUGCUCAAUCAGUGCUCGAUGAAUCGCUUCAUCCAUCUCGUGAUGCUUCAAAGCCACAAACCCCCGUUCCUGGCCGGCAACCUUCUAUCCAAGAAAUCCAAGACGAAAAUGAGCGGAUCGAGCCACGACUUGCGGCCGAAUCAUAUCUAGACGAAUCUCUACAUCCCUCCCGCGAUGCAUCAAAGCCACAAACACCUGUACCUGGACCAGGCCCUUCGGUUCAAGAAGUUCAGGACGAGAACGAACGAAUUGAGCCGCAGCUUGCAGCUGAGUCAUACCUCGAUGAAUCUCUUCAUCCGUCCGAGGCUGCCUCUAAUGCGCAAUCACCAUCGAAAGGUGGAAAUGACACAAUGGACACCAGCCAAGAUGGAUAUUUCCCUGCCGUCCCCACUGAGACGGCUGCUCCAAACCUGCCCAGUGCACCAGCAAGCAAACCAGGAGCUUCCGCGGCACCACCUUUUCCUGAACCACCAUCGGGCUUCUCUGCAGCUCCACCGACUUCGGGUCGUGGUCCAACCUCUGCUCCGGCACCAUUCCCUCCAGCGCGACCUGCAGACUUUGACCCGACCACUGUCCCUGCGCCAAAGCAUGGCUAUGCCGUCCCUGGCGCACCUUCUCUGUCACAGCCUUUGGCACCGCAACACAUUCCGCCGACUUCUGCCGAUUACUAUCGAUCGUAUGGUUCUGGACCUGGUGCAGCUGCAGCUCAGCCUGCUCAGUCGCAGACGUCCGCAAGCUCUGGCCCGGAAACAUUUAUUGCCGAUGAAGAAGCCAUUAGCAAUGCGCAGAAACAUGCGCGAUGGGCCAUUUCUGCUUUGAACUUUGAGGACGUAACGACUGCCGUCAAGGAGCUGCGUGUGGCGUUGAAAGCUCUCGGCGCGAGGUAA